UGCAAACAACAUUGUUAAAUCUCAUUUUAAAGCACUACAAACGCUACUUGAAUUUUUAAAUGAAUAUUUUGUUACGAUAACUUAAUAAUCUUGUGGAACAUGAAAAAUUUUAGUGUCUCAUUUCAAGUAAUAAUGGGUCGAUGAUAUGUGAAUGGUUAAAAGAUAUUUACUAGAUUGUGCGGUCUUUUAAAGAGUCAAGUAUAUUUACGAUUAAUUCAUGAAUUGUUGAAUAUUCAAGAAUAAAAAAUUGAAAAAUUUAAAUAGUUUUAAAUUAUUGAUAGCGUGAGUAAAACUAGGUGUAUGAUGUUUUUCAAGGAAUAAUUAAGAUUUAAAUAUUGCUUAGAGGUUGAAGAAAUAUAUUCUUUAGCUAAGUUUAAUUGUAUUCGAUCAAUCUAAAAGAUUAAAUGAAAGAAGAAAAAAGCGUCAUAUGAAACACGUUACUCUAUAUUUUUGAUUUGUCGAUUGUAUUAUGAUUAUUGGGACAUCUUGUAUAAGCUCCGCUCAGCUGCGUUGAACCUCUCGGCGUUUCAUCAAAUUUGGGAAUGCGAAGAAUGAAAUAUCAUGGUUUAUGACUGAAAACAUUUUUUUUGUGAUUACUCGGGUAUUGUAUGUAAAUAUCCCAGUGGACGUUUGUUCAACGUUCCUUUUCUGUUAAAAUUUCCGUUUACAAAGAUAUGGUAUUACGUAGUUUAAACGCGUGAAUCUAACCUGAUACAGUACUGGAAAACAUCUCUUGUGUCUGUCAGUACAAUGUUGCGAACGUACAAGUGGGGAUUAAACUGCCAAUUUAAACAGCUUGCUCGUAAUUUUGGAAUAUUAAAGCAUCAACCAGCUCUUGGAUUUGAACAUCAUGUUGCUAAACUGCCGAUAAUACAACAUGUUAGAUGUAAAUCUAACACUCCAAUGAAUACCAUUAUACUAUUUGUUCCACAACAAGAGGCAUGGGUUGUCGAAAGAAUGGGAAAGUUUCAUAGGAUUCUAAACCCAGGCUUAAAUAUUCUUACACCAAUAAUUGAUAGAAUUAAAUAUGUUCAGUGUCUCAAAGAAAUAGCUAUAGAAAUACCUCAACAAAGUGCUGUUACUUCAGAUAAUGUAACGUUAAAUAUUGAUGGUGUAUUAUACUUAAGAGUAGUUAAUCCAUUUCUAGCUUCAUAUGGUGUUGAUGAUCCUGAGUUUGCCGUAGUUCAAAUAGCUCAAACUACAAUGAGAUCUGAGCUAGGAAAAAUACCUUUGGAUAAUGUGUUCAGAGAAAGAGAAGGGCUCAAUGUUUGUAUCGUUGAGAGUAUAAAUAAAGCAAGUGAAGCUUGGGGAAUAGCUUGUUUAAGAUAUGAAAUACGCGACAUAAGACUACCUCAGAGAGUACAAGAAGCAAUGCAAAUGCAAGUGGAAGCAGAACGCAAGAAGAGAGCCGCAGUUUUAGAAUCAGAAGGAACUAGAGAAGCAGAAAUAAAUAUAGCAGAAGGAAAACGUUUAGCGCAGAUUCUAGCAUCUGAGGCUACAAAACAGGAAGAAAUAAAUAAGGCAACUGGUACUGCACAGGCUUUAGUAGCCAUUGCGGAAGCACGUGCAAAGAGUUUAAAACUUGUGGCAAAUGCUCUCAAUAUGACAGAUGCAAAAAAUGCAGCGGCAUAUAGUAUAGCAGAACAGUAUGUCAAAGCAUUCAACAAAUUGGCAAAAGUCAACAAUACUUUGAUCUUGCCCAGUAAUGUUUCUGAUGUGUCUUCCUUAGUAACACAAGCAAUGACGAUUUAUAAACAAGUUAUGUCUCAGCCUACUUUAGAUAAUCCUGAUGCAAAAGAGAACAAAGAUGCUCUCAGUGUUGAUGACUUAGACGAGUCUUUUGAAUAUUUCAGUGAUAAAGAAGAAGCAGAGAAGCACAGAAGCAGCAAAAGAAAGCAAAAUCCUAAAGUAUUGUAAAAUAUUUAUACAUAAUAUAAAUAUAUUUUGAUUUUUAUUAUCUA